AUGUUCCCUCUCCUCCCGAAGCCGAGGCUAUCUCUCUAGUCAGAGUACCUUUGCCGCCAGUCGCUCCAAGCGACGAGGAAGAUUCUUGUUCUCUUGACGUGAACCCUCGUGGAACAGGCUGCGUGGCAAAGCACAAUCAUCUCCAUUCUGGUCAUUUCUUGCCUGAUAAUCAGCAUUUUGUUGCCAUUGCCAACUUUACUGGCGCGCCAGCAGCACCUGAUACAUCAAGCAUUUAUCAAGGCCAGCACGUCCUUAUAUUCAAGGCUGAUGACUCCGCAUUCGCCAACGGAGACAACUGGAAAUGCAUUACCUGCGGCUUACCCGAGGAGAACUCCAAGGGGCGCAGUCUUAAUGUCGAUUAUCCGCAGGUCUUCCAAGAUGGAAAGCGAUUAUUUGUGGGCGACAACAUUAUUGAAUGCGAGGAGGACCUAGUGAGUGAAGCUUGUACCCCUGAGAACACGUACAUGCGGCCGAUACGCUGGAAUACUAGCGUCGACGGCACGGGGCCCGGAGGCCCUAUGCGAGAGCUUCGCCUUCAUCCCGAUAAUGUCCACUUGGGAUGGAAUGCUUUCACCAUGACUAACGGAGAGUUUGGGCAAUUCUCCUACUACGGCAGGCUUGCCUGGAACCCUGACCCCGCUGAGGGUGAGCCGUUGGUGCCUCGGUAUGACGUCGAGAAGGUCUACAGGCUCUUUUCGGCUGACCCCUAUCUGAAUGAGCGUGUCAUAGUUCAUCCUGAUGAUCCUAGCCAGCUUCUGAUUCAGAGUGAGGUGCCUACCGUCGGUGAGCUUCGCGGCUUCGGGGGAACUGGCAAGGAGAUUACCUAUGUCGGCGCAGCUGUUGAAUCGUCCAACAUUGACGUUUUCGCAACUGAUCUGACCACGGGCGUGACUCGGCGUCUUACAAGCCACCCGGAGUAUUGUGAUCCUGUUGAUAUCUCGCCGGAUGAUGAGUGGCAUGUAGUCAUGGACACGCGCGGAACAGAUCGCCAAAUGUUCUUGAGUGGUCUGCGAGGCAUCCCGCCACUGACCGAUAUCAUUACCUCAAGCGUCACAUCGGCUACUCGAAACAACGGACAGCGUCGCUUCUUCCAGCCAUGGAUCAUUGACAAACACGGCGACCGCGGAACCUACUUUGGCCAACAGGUCAAUGCGCAGGGUGAUGGUAUCCCAGGUGGAGGCGACUUCAACAUCCUGUUUGGAACGGCAGAGCUGAUCCAAGGUGGUCUUCGGACGGUACGAAGAUCGUGUACACUCAGAUCAUGCCCUACGCUCCUGCGUGCGGCGACCCAAACCCACUCCCUUGCUACCCAUCCACCGAGGAUGGUGGUCGCAUCGAGCGCAUCAUUAUUGCCCGCCUCACGGACCGCGAGCCUUUACCACCGUAUCAGGUCGAAGAAGCCGCGGACGAAGUGCCUUGGGGAGAACUCUACGUCCUAGGUGAGACUGAGCCGCAGCGAAUGUCUCCACCACCUGGUCAGUAUGUGCUUUGGGGAAAACAUUCCGGAUACGCCAACGUAACUCUGGGCGGCGAAGGCGAUGAAAUCAAUUUCGUUGAGGCCACCUACCAUUGUUUCUCGGACGACGGAGAAAACAUCUUGAAGGGUACCGAGAACGUCACAGUCGAGUCACCUGAAUUGACCCUGAGCCUUGUUGAUUGGUAUUCCAAUCUCACCCAGACCGGACCUUGGAACGGUACGAAGCUUACAAGUGAGGAUGGCUUUCAGCUGCGCAUUGAUGUCAUGGUCAAUCUGUUUGACUCAAACGGCACAAUGACGACCACGGUCGACGGCAAGGAGUAUUAUCAACCGGCGAACGGACAAUGA